AUGGCCCUGUACGUCCUCGCGUGUCUAACUGUGUUAGCCGUUACAGUCGGAUUAGUCACUGUUUACACACGUUCAAAUCCUACCACAACCAUUGAAACAGUUAACACCACAUCCGUAUCUAAUACCACAUUGUCACCUGACACAGCCACUGGCAAUUCAGUAAUCCUGACAUCAUUAACGUCGACCACGACAAAAGCAAUAACAACAACUUCCACUAUUUUUACGAACACAGGCAGCAUUAUAAUGCAAACAAAUUCUACUUCAACAGGUUUGACAAAUAUCCAGAUAACACCGGCAGAAGCUUCGACUACAACAAGUAACAAAGUUACAACAACAGUCACAGCGACCACUGCAACACCCGAUUUGACAAAUAUCCAGAUAACACCGGUAGAAGCUUCGACGACAACAAGUAACAACGUUACAACAACAGUCACAGCGACCACUGCAACACCCGGUUUGACAAAUAUCCAGAUAACACCGGCAGAAGCUUCGACUACAACAAGUAACAACGUUACAACAACAGUCACAGCGACCACUGCAACACCCGGUUUGACAAAUAUCCAGAUAACACCGGCAGAAGCUUCGACUACAACAAGUAACAAAGUUACAACAACAGUCACAGCGACCACUGCAACACCCGCACUAGCAACUAGCAAUUUAACAAUCCUGACAUCAUUAACAUCGACCACGACAAAAGCAAUAACAACAACUUCGACUAUUUUUACGAACACAGGCAGCAUUAUAAUGCAAACAAAUUCUACUUCAACAGGUUUGACAAAUAUCCAGAUAACACCGACAGAAGCUUCGACGACAACAAGUAACAAAGUUACAACAACAGUCACAGCGACCACUGCAACACCCGGUUAGUCUUUUAACCUAUUGAAUACCUUAAGUUUGCACUUAUCCAAAGGAUCUAAGAU